CUUCCGCGACGCGGCGCAGAGCUCCUUCAGCGACAUUGAGGAAUAUCAGACGGGCAGGAGUUUCUAUAGUUUGCGAUGGCGUUGCGAUUAUUUCGGCUGGUUGUGCCCAGUGGUGCAGCAGCUUUGAAAGCAGGAUCUCCUGUGCCGACGGCUCAAAUUCACUCAUCUGCUGUAAAUAAUCUGCAAUAUGGAUGGUGGGCCUAUGCUUUGGGUGAGAGGUCAACAUCCCGCUUCAAAGAAAACAGCAAGAUCAUUUCUGUUGAUGGCAACUUGGCAUCAGGCAAAGGAGCACUUGCACAAAAGUUGGCUGAUAAACUAGGGAUGCUGUACAUGCCAGAGCCAGACACACACUAUGUGGACAAAAUGACAAAGGAGAAAGUUCCUCUGGAUAAAGCCUUUAAUGGAAAUUGCACUCUGGAGAAGUUCUACUUGGAGCCCAAAGCUAGUGAUGGAAACUCUUAUCGUCUACAGUGUUGGAUGUACCUUAUGAGACUUCUGCAGUACUCUGAUGCUAUUGAACACCUGCUGUCCACAGGACAGGGUGUUGUCCUGGAACGAUCUCCAUUUAGUGAUAUGGUAUUUAUGGAGGCCAUGUUCAAAGAGGGCUUCAUUCGCAAGCAGUGUGUAGAACACUAUAAUGAGGUUAAAAGUGUCAGUCUCUGUGAGUUUCUGCCCCCUCAUCUGGUCAUCUAUGUGGACUCCCCUGCUGAAGAAGUUCAGAAGAAUCUCAAGGCAACAGGAAAGUCAUACCUCCAGAAUGUUCCUUUAAGCUACCUGAAGAGCAUUGAGACGGCAUACAAAAAGACCUUUCUUCCAAAAAUCAGGGAAGAGGCAGAGGUUCUUGCUUAUGACACAACUCAAGUCCAGGAUAUUGAAAGGAUUGCAGAGGAUAUUGACUAUCUCAAGUUUGAGAAGGGCCCGUGGCUGGAGCAGGAUGAUGUCACAUUGCACUAUAUGCGAAUGCUGGUGGAAGACAAGCAAAGGGUGGCCAACAUGACCUGUGUCCUUAGAUAUCUCCCAGAAAUCACGAUCGGUGCUCAUGAGUUUGAUGCAACCUACUUUGCUUACAAAUCGCUCCCUGGAAAGAAAUACGCCGAAGGUUAUAAUGAAGACGUCGGGGACAAAAGCAUCUGGCUCAAGUGAGAAAUACUAGCUUCGCUGAAGGGAAGGACAUCUGAAUGAGAGAUGGAUUCAAGUUAGUCCGCGUCCUGUGUGGAAGAUAAAUAUCCUGCUGUGUUGCAGCUGAAGAUGUCGUUGUAUAUUGUUAAUAAAUAAUUAAUUGUAUAUGUAACUCA